UCGCAGGCGGCCCUGGCGCAGGCGGGGAAAGAGGCGAGGCCUACAAGGCACUGGCUGCUGCUGCUGCUUCUGUUGGUGCCGCUGGAAGCCGCUUCCUUUCUCGUCGCUGGCUGGCCGGCCGGUCGGGGUGAAACAAGCAAAAUGGUACAUGCUGAAGCCUUCUCUCGUCCUCUUAGUCGGAAUGAAGUUGUAGGUUUAAUUUUCCGGUUGACAAUAUUUGGAGCUGUGACCUAUUUUACUAUUAAGUGGAUGGUAGAUGCAAUCGAUCCAACAAGGAAGCAAAAAGUAGAAGCUCAGAAACAGGCAGAAAAGUUAAUGAAGCAAAUAGGCGUGAAAAAUGUGAAGCUUACAGAGUAUGAAAUGAGCAUUGCUGCACAUCUCGUAGACCCUCUUAGCAUGCACGUAACGUGGAAUGACAUUGCAGGUUUAGACGAAGUUAUUACAGACCUGAAGGACACAGUAAUUUUGCCAAUCAGGAAGAAGCAUCUGUUUCAGAACUCCAGACUCUUACAGCCACCAAAAGGAGUACUUCUCUAUGGCCCUCCAGGCUGUGGUAAAACCUUGAUUGCCAAAGCUACAGCGAAGGAAGCAGGUUGCCGAUUUAUUAAUCUUCAACCCUCCACACUGACAGACAAAUGGUACGGGGAGUCUCAGAAGCUGGCUGCAGCUGUUUUUUCUCUUGCUAUGAAGCUUCAACCUUCCAUCAUCUUUAUUGAUGAAAUAGAUUCCUUUCUACGAAGUCGUUCAAGUUCUGAUCAUGAAGCCACAGCUAUGAUGAAAGCCCAAUUCAUGAGUCUUUGGGAUGGCCUGGACACCGACUAUAACUGCCAAGUGAUAGUGAUGGGAGCUACCAAUCGCCCUCAGGAUCUUGACUCAGCUAUUAUGAGAAGAAUGCCAACACGAUUUCAUGUCAAUCAACCUGCACUGAAGCAGAGAGAGGCAAUCUUGAAGCUGAUUUUGAAGAAUGAGAAUGUGGACAGGCGUGUCGAUCUCCUUGAAGUUGCUAAGGAAACAGAGGGGUUCUCAGGAAGCGACUUGAAAGAAAUGUGCCGCGAUGCUGCACUGCUCUGUGUCAGGGAAUAUGUUAAUUCAACAUAUGAAGACAGUAAUGAAGAAGAUGAAAUUCGACCCGUGCAGCAGAGGGAUCUGAACCGGGCAAUUGAGAAGAUGAGGAAGUCCAAGGAUGCUACAAAUCAGAGUGUUCUAAUGCACGUUAGUUUAGAUUAAGGCUAAGGAAUGCCCUCACACGGCCUCAUUCGGUGACUGUUCUUUGUCGUUUAGAUAGUUGAAAUGAAUUGGAAGCAGAAAUAUCCUUUUAAUAAGUGUUGGUGAUUUUUUUUUAUAUGCAGAUAUCUUAAGUUAUUGAAAUCUGAUAAUAUUGCAAAAUUGGAUAUGGCCUCUGUAACAGAUCAUGACAUGGGAGAAUGUAGUCCAGCUCAAAAACAAUGUCUUGUUUCAUGGUUUCAGCCUUAAAAGCCUGUUGGUUGGUUGGUUAAAGUAUGGCACAUUGUUUCUCUGGGGAGGAGGAAACUCAGCUCAUGUACAUAUAUGUAUGAGUGUGUGUAUGAUAUGUAUAUAUAUAUAUAUAUCCACACAGUUUUUAUAUAUAGACAUAAUGGCAUAAUGUGUAGAUAACUUGAAUAUGAAAAGCCUUCUCUCUCUCUUUUCUUUUUCCUCUUUUUCCUUUAAAAAAACUCAUUUUCAGGAUCAAACCAAGUCAGGGGCUUAAAAUAUCCAGCAAACAUCUAUUUUUUGAGUAGUACCUUAAUAUGAAGGAAGAAAACCUGCUUCAGGAAAAUAAAUUUCUGGAAUGCAGACAAAUUUGACUUCUUCCAUUUAACUUAUGGUAUCCACUGGUGCCAAUCAGUUUAGGUAGAAAAAACACAUAAUGCCUCAUGAACCUUUUCAUUUUAUAUGAAUCCAAUACUUUUUCCGAUAACCAUUACGGAACAUCAGUAAUUGCAUAUUACCAAAAUUUAUUUUUCUAUUUCCGAAUUGUGAAUAAUUUCCUCUUUUUAAAAACUUCAAAGACCUGGAGGGCUCCUAUUGCUGAAAUUCCUUUAUCACUGUAAGACUAUAUUGUCUCACUUUUUGGUAUCUAUAAGUGGUCACAACAUUAUAACAUUAAGUACAAUGAAGUUAAACAUUUGCUUCAUUUCAUUUCUCCCCUACCUUUGCUCAGUUGAGAAGCUCUCCACAGAUCUUCUAGUGGAUAGAAGGAUUGACGUAACAUUCAUAUAUUCUUCAGUAACGGAGAGGUGGCAUUUCAGUAUUAAGAAUAAACUUUUGUUCACACUUAAAGCUGUCCAAAUGAAUCCACACUAAUCAAAGUAGCCACUUACCCAAAACAGUCACAGCCUUCAUAAGCAUUUUUUUUUAGUAAUUGAAAUGAGUGUUGAAAAAGAUGCGUAAAAAAACAGAUGAAGGGGAUGAUUACAGUGGUACCUUGGUUUGCGACCGCAAUCCGUUCCGCGGAGACCGUCGCUCGCUGAAGCCACUCUUCUGCGUGUGCGCAAAGCGCCGAUAGAGUGCUUCUGCACAUGCGCGAGCUGGGCAGAUCGCGUCUGCGCAUCCGAUGUCGCGGAACCAGGAUGUAAACACUUCCGGGUCCGCGGCGGUGGUUCGCCGAAGCGGUCGCUCGCCAAGGUAGUCAUAAACUGAGGUUUGACUGUAAUUCUAGACUUCCCUCAACUCAUUUUAUAACUUGAUUGUGAUUAUUCUUGGAGGUGCUAUUUUGGGUACAACACGUUUAUAUAAAAUGCAGAAUGAUCCUGCAUCUCGGCUCAUAGGCUUGCAUUUCCUUUCAAGGAAGGAAGCUAGCAAAUGGUUUGUGGCUAAAUAAAACCAAGUGCAGUGCAGGUUUCAGGUCAAGAUCCAGAGGGGCUCGUGGGUAUGAGUUUAUAACCUGUGUUUACAUCACUUUUUCUCAGUUUCCUUCCCAGGAGCCUGUAGGAAAAUUCCCAGAUCCGUUUUACAAUUUGGGUUAGAUUGAAAAGGUGUUUGAGGUUUUGCAUGAAGCAUUUCCUUCUUUACGGGGGAAAUGUUGCUGCAGUAUGUGGUUUCUUUUACUCUGUUUGUCUUUCAAAACCUCUCUCAUCCAGUCCCAAAAUGGUUAUUGGGGACCAUUUUGUGGAACAACUUCUAGAGGAAAAUCCUGGUGCUUAUUUAUGUGCUCCUCUGGAUUUCAGCCAUUUUUUGUCUGAAAUGUUGUUACUUGUUCUUGCAGCUAGUGUCUACCAAUACAUCUGUACUACUGAAUCCUUUUAAGAGCUUUUUAUGUGAGCUGCUUUUGCAAAACUGAAUCCUUGGACACUGAAGUGCAUAGGUAAAAUUAUGACAAAAGUACUGCUUUCUAAAGUCUGUCACCUGUCAGUUCCUUUUGAUAAUCAUGAGUGUCUAUAUUUUGAGAGAGUGAAUAGCAUUUUUCCGUUCAUGCCCUUGGUUUUAUUUUACUGAAUUUCAUA